UGCAAAACGUUUUGCGGCUUUUACUUGUUGUGAUGGUGAAAAUUGUAGAAAAACCAAAGCAAUCGCUGCAAAUUGAACUUAAUUUCGAUGAGGAGGAUGUGCCGUAUGAAGAGGAGAUACUACGCAAUGCGUAUUCAGUGAAGCACUGGCUGCGCUACAUAGACCACAAGGCGAAGGCGCCUAACAAUGGUGUCAACUUGGUGUAUGAGCGAGCACUGAAGGAGCUGCCUGGCAGCUAUAAGAUCUGGUAUAACUACUUACGCACACGCAGAAAGCAAGUGCGCGGCAAAAUACCUACGGAUCCGAUGUAUGAGGAAGUGAAUAAUACUUUUGAACGUGCAUUGGUUUUUAUGCAUAAGAUGCCACGCAUUUGGAUGGACUAUGGUGUGUUUAUGAGCGCACAGUGUCGCAUAACACGCACUCGGCAUGUGUUUGAUCGCGCGCUGAGAGCUUUGCCCAUUACCCAACAUGGACGCAUUUGGCCGUUAUAUUUGAAAUUUGUACAACGCUAUGAAAUGCCAGAGACGGCACUUCGUGUCUACAGACGUUAUCUCAAACUGUUUCCAGAGGAUGCAGAGGAGUAUGUAGCGUAUCUACAGCAAGCGGAGCGCCUGGAUGAAGCAGCACAGCAAUUAGCCAACAUUGUAGACAACGAGCAUUUUGUCAGCAAGCAUGGCAAGUCCAAUCAUCAGCUAUGGAAUGAGCUCUGCGAUUUAAUAUCCAAGCAUCCACAUAAAGUGCAUUCGCUAAAUGUGGAUGCUAUUAUACGUGGUGGACUGCGUCGCUAUACAGAUCAGCUGGGUCACUUGUGGAAUUCAUUAGCGGACUACUAUGUUAGAUCGGGUUUAUUUGAUCGCGCGCGUGAUAUAUACGAGGAGGCCAUACAAACGGUCACUACAGUGCGUGACUUUACGCAAGUCUUUGAUGAGUAUGCGCAGUUUGAGGAAUUGUCGCUGAACAAGCGCAUGGAACAGGUGGCUAACGAUGAAGAUGCUACUGAAGAGGAUGAUAUUGAUGUGGAGCUGCGUUUGUCACGCUUUGAAUAUUUAAUGGAGCGACGCCUGCUGCUGUUGAAUAGCGUGCUGUUGAGACAGAAUCCACAUAAUGUGCAUGAGUGGCACAAGCGUGUUAAAUUGUAUGAGGAUAAGCCCGAGGAGAUUAUCAACACUUAUACGGAGGCAGUGCAGACGGUGCAGCCCAAACAGGCAGUGGGACAGCUGCAUACGCUUUGGGUGGAGUUUGCCAAGUUCUAUGAGGCCAAUGAGCAAGUGGCAGAUGCACGCGUUGUCUUUGAGCGUGGCACGCAAGUGGAGUAUGUCAAAGUGGAGCAUCUAGCAACAGUUUGGUGUGAAUGGGCGGAGAUGGAGCUGCGGCAGCAGCAGUUUGAGGCAGCGCUUAAGCUUAUGCAGCGAGCUACAACAAUGCCCAAGCGCAAGGUUAACUAUCAUGAUGAUACCGAAACAGUGCAAAUGCGUCUAUAUAAAUCUCUUAAAGUGUGGUCCAUGUACGCUGAUCUAGAAGAGUCCUUUGGCACUUUUAAGACCUGCAAGUCAGUCUAUGAGCGCAUUAUAGAUUUAAAAAUAUGCACGCCGCAGAUUAUUAUCAACUAUGGACUGUUUCUGGAGGAGCACAACUACUAUGAGGAAGCCUAUCGCGCCUAUGAGAAGGGCAUAUCGCUUUUCAAAUGGCCUAAUGUGUUUGACAUAUGGAAUUCGUAUUUGAGCAAGUUUCUGGAACGCUAUGGCGGCAGCAAACUUGAACGCGCGCGCGAUUUGUUUGAGCAAUGCUUGGAUCAGUGUCCACCCGAGCAUGCCAAGUUCUUUUUUCUGCUGUAUGCCAAACUGGAGGAGGAUCAUGGUCUAGCACGUCAUGCUAUGGCUGUUUAUGAUCGUGCCACGGGCGCUGUUAAGGAAGAAGAAAUGUUUGACAUGUACAACAUUUUUAUUAAAAAAGCAGCAGAGAUUUAUGGUUUGCCCAGAACAAGAGAAAUAUAUGAGAAAGCUAUCGAAGCACUGCCGGAGCAGCACAUGCGUCAUAUGUGCGUCAAGUUUGCUGAGCUGGAGACCAAGCUGGGCGAAGUGGAUCGAGCUAGAGCAGUCUAUGCACAUUGCUCACAGGUUUGCGAUCCACGCAUUACUGCAGACUUCUGGCAAACCUGGAAAGAGUUUGAAGUGCGUCAUGGCAAUGAGGAUACAAUGCGUGAAAUGCUGCGCAUCAAGCGCUCCGUUCAAGCCACUUACAAUACGCAGGUCAACAUGAUGGCUGCGCAGUUUAUCAAUGGCAAUGGCACUGCGGCAGAUGCAGGCGCAGGCGCUGGCCAAGAUGCCAUGCGUUUGCUUGAGGAGAAGGCGAGACAGGCAGCGGCUGAGGCUAAACAGAAGCCUGCCGAGAAAGCCGCUUCGAAUAUUAUGUUUGUGCGUGGCGAAACUCAAGGUGGAGCCAAGGCUAAAGACAACGCCGUGCUCAAUCCCGAUGAAAUUGACAUUGGCGAUAGCGAUGAAGAGGAGGAUGAUGAGGAUGAGAAUGAUGCAGCCAAUGAACAGCAAGCGGAUGGCGCAGCAGCCACCAAAACUGAUGACGAGGGUCUUAUAAUGAAGAAACUGCGUUUCGAACAGAAAGCCAUUCCCGCCAAAGUGUUUGGCAGUCUGAAGCCCACAACUAAGCAAGAUUCCGAUGAGGAUUAAACAGUCAUAUUAUAUAUGGUGGCUACUAUUUAAAGCGCAAAUAUAUAAGGCCAUUUGGGCUGUUACAUUUUAAUAACAAUCAAUUGUAAUAAAUGACUUGAAUUUCAUUUCUGUAAAAUCAAAUGUUCAAAAUUUUCUGGUUUAACCCAAGUUCAUGACGUUGA